GCAGAGGACUCUGAGGAGAGUGAAGAAGACCGGCGAUGAUGACAAGGACGACUCCUCGGUGGAGAUCACGCUGGACAAGAGGUUCCUGGCCAAAUCCACCCGGCAGCUGGAGCAGGACGUCUACGGUGCGAAGAGACAACGUGGCAGUGCCGGCCAGGAGGCAAGCAACGAUGUUCGGAGCCUCGUCGUGUCUCCGGCGGACACGGCGGUAAGGACAGACAUCACCCCGUCCCCGGUGACGAGCAAGCCUUCGACCUUUGGGUCGGGACCCGUGGCACGGAAGAGAAAGGCUCGUGGUGAUGAUGAUGAUGUGGAAGAUGGACUUGCUGAGCCUCACUCUGACAUGAAGCCCCGUCGCCUAGCUUUUGCUUCGAAGUCUAGCCUGAAGGAGACCGACCCCCAUCAGGGCAACGAGGAAUCCAGUUCCGAGAACAUGGAUGACGACGAGGAUGUGGAGCUGACUGGCCAGCGCCAGCGGGCUCUGGAGAACAUUGCCGAAGAGGAUGCUGAUGUCUUCAAAAACAAGUAUGCUUUGGCCCUCCCUUCGGCCGCCCCUACAAAGAAGAAUGAGCUUCAGGCCAUCCAGGACGAUCCUGGUCUACCGUCGCCAAAUGGUGAGUGGUCCCAGCUCCCCGAGGGCAUCCGUGUUAAGUUGGAGAAGAUGGAUGCGGAUCUGAUUGAGGUCCUGCCGACAUCCUUGCCUCCGUCUCCUGCUGGCAUUCAGAACACGUGUGGCCUUCGUCCUGCAGUUUCCUAUGUCCUCUGGUGGUGUUGCUGUUGCUGCUGUUUUCUGAGGUCUGACUUCCCACACUUUGUGGAUAUACUCAUGGCCGAGGGUAUCUUGAAUUUGACGGAUGCCACGGAGCUCAUCUGUGAUCUGGAAGGCUUCUGUGCUGUAAUGGUAUGUCCUGUAAGCGAGGUUCUGGCUGGUCCGUUCGCUCCAUUGACACUAUUUAAUCCGAGGAAGCUGGAUGGAUUCUUUGGGUGA